AUGAGGUCUAAAGUUUGGAGCGAGGCUCGAGUUUAUGGCAAUGCCAAUGAAGUGCGUGGACAGAGGUACUGGGAUUAUGAAAAUACAUCGAUAGAAUGGAAGGCAAAUAACUCUCAAUACGAAGUUGAAUGCAAAGUUGGCCGAGGCAAGUAUAGUGAGGUUUUCCAAGGUGUUCAGCUAUCGACUAGAGAGCAAAUAGUGAUAAAGAUGUUGAAACCGGUAAAGAAGAAGAAAAUCAAGAGAGAAAUUACAAUUCUUGCGAAUCUUUCAAAUGAGAAGAACCCACCAACAGCUCAACCCUUUGAUAGGGAGAAAUAUUAUACAAACAAAAGAGAGGAAGUACUAAAGUAUGCUAGAGACGCUGUAUAUGAUCUUCCUCACGAUGGACACCAGAAUAUCGUCACAUUAUUGGAUGUUGUCAGAGACCCAGUCUCCAAAACCCCUGCAUUAGUCUUUGAGUAUAUCAACAACACCGAUUUCCGUACGCUUUAUGCUACCUUUACAGACCUUGAUAUUAGAUACUAUAUGUUUGAGCUCCUAAAAGCAUUGGAUUACUGUCAUUCCAUGGGUAUUAUGCAUAGAGAUGUCAAACCACACAACGUCAUGAUUGACCACAAACAGCGCAAGUUGAGAUUAAUCGAUUGGGGUUUAGCAGAGUUCUACCAUCCUUCGAUGGAAUAUAACGUACGUGUUGCCUCAAGGUUUUUCAAAGGACCAGAGCUUCUAGUAGACUAUAGAAUGUACGAUUACUCAUUGGAUUUAUGGUCAUUCGGAGCAAUGUUAGCAUCUAUGGUAUUCCUGAAGGAACCAUUCUUUUAUGGAUCAAGUAAUACUGACCAAUUAGUAAAAAUUGUACGUGUUUUAGGAAGCGACGACUUCGAAAAAUACCUACAGAAGUACCAAAUAACACUUCCAGACGAAUUUGUUGACAUGGACCAAUAUAUCAGAAGACCUUGGCAAAGGUUUGUUAACGAUGCAAACAAGCAUCUCUGUGGAAACGAUGAAAUAAUCGACUUAAUUGACAAUCUCUUACGUUAUGACCACCAGGAGAGAUUGACAUGCAAAGAAGCAAUGGCCCACCCAUGGUUUGCUCCAAUUAGAAACAACGAGUAUUCCUACUAA